AUCGUUUGCUUGCUUAUGGGAAAGACAUGCACUCCUCUUCCUCUUCCUCCUCCGUCUCUUCUUGUCUGUGUUUCCAAACAAACGAUGGCGGCCAGAUUCUUCAUUUUCUCUCUUUUAAUCAUCAUGUUGUCGUCCGCGGCUGUGUUCGCCGCAGUUGACACGGAAGAUUCCGGCGAUCUCUUGAUCCAGCAGGUUGUUUCCGACGGAGGAGGAGGAGGAGGAGACAAGAAGGAGUUGCUAAGCGUCGAACAUCACUUCUCCCUCUUCAAGAGCAAGUUCGGAAAGAUCUAUGCCACGCAGGAGGAACACGACUACCGGUUAUCGGUUUUCAAGAAGAACCUUCGUCAGGCCAAACGUCACCAGAUGCUUGAUCCUACCGCCGUCCACGGCGUCACAAAGUUCUCCGACCUCACUCCUGCAGAGUUUAAGCGUGACUAUCUGGGCAUGAACAGCCGCAUAAAACUUCCUUCCGAUGCUCAUAAGGCUCCGAUCCUCCCCACAACCGAUCUCCCCACAGAUUUUGACUGGAGAGACAGAGGUGCUGUCACUGCCGUCAAGGAUCAGGGGACAUGUGGAUCAUGCUGGGCUUUUAGUGCUACUGGCGCCCUGGAAGGAGCCAACUAUAUUGCAAGUGGGGAGCUUGUUAGUCUGAGUGAACAACAACUUGUAGAUUGCGACCAUGAGUGUGACCCAGAAGAAUAUGGGUCUUGUGAUUCAGGUUGCAACGGAGGUCUGAUGACUUCUGCCUUCCAAUACGCACUCAAAGCUGGUGGACUUUCAUCAGAGGCUGAUUACCCUUAUCUUGGAAGAGAUCGUAGUGGAUGUCAAUUUGAUAAGACCAAAAUUGCAGCUUCAGUUUCAAAUUUCAGCAUCGUUUCUGUUGAUGAAGAACAAAUUGCUGCAAACCUUUUGAAAUAUGGUCCUUUGGCAGUUGGGAUCAAUGCGGUUUACAUGCAAACUUACAUAGGAGGAGUGUCGUGCCCUUACAUAUGCUCAAAGCGACUAGACCAUGGAGUACUAAUUGUAGGUUUUGCAUCCGCUGGUUAUGCACCUAUCCGCUUGAAGGAGAAGCCUUACUGGAUCAUAAAGAACUCCUGGGGACCAAACUGGGGAGAGAAUGGCUACUACUACAUCUGCAGAGGCAAUAAGAGCAAGAAUGUUUGUGGAGUUGAUACAAUGGUCUCCAGUGUUUCAGCUAUUCAUACCCACUAACUAAUUAACUACCACUACUAAUUAAUACACCCACCCACCCAUAAAAAUAUGUAAUGUAAUAACACUCAAAUUUGACCAAUGAUUCAUCAAUUCAUUUCAAUUCAAUACAAUUUUUUUCAUUCUA